GAAAACAUUCAUUUAUGCACGAAUUUCUUGUCACCAUCGAACGUUUAAUUGACUCGAAUGAUCUUCCUAAGCUUGCUCUCAUUGCUUUUGAUCGUGAACUGAAAUGCGAUUAGACCGUCUGAUCCAUGUAGCAUGCUCUGUGUUUUCUCUUCAUAGUCAACUCUGGAUGGUUCCGAAAGCUCUGUUUACAUGUUCAGCAUUAGUUCAUUACAAUCGUAUUCGUCAGUUGUCUCGCUGUCCGUAAAUGAUAUAUUGCCUAUUGUAUAAUUAUGCAUUGUACCUAUUAAAGAAUGUGGUGCUGCUUGUGUGUUUUUCAGUUGUACUGCUGAGCUUCAAAACGUAACUUUCAGAUAUGGCAUCGAUGGAGCGGAAUCGGGGUAUGCCGAGGGGAGACUACGAAGGAGACAAAUUUAGGCUCCACAUAGUGACAUGGAAUGUAGCCACAGCUGAUCCCCUAGAUGACAUGAGCUCACUUCUCCGUUUAGAUUCUCCAGAGGAUGCAGACCUCUACGUCAUUGGCCUGCAGGAGGUGUACUCCGGGCCCCUGAGAUUCAUGUCAGAUGUUGUAUUGGAUGACCCUUGGAGUUCUGUGCUUAUGACCGCCUUAGCACCAAGGCAAUACGUGAAGGUGUCCUCUAUCAGAAUGCAAGGUCUGUUGUUGCUACUCUUCUCCAAGCUGGAACAUCUCCCAUUCAUUCGAGACAUCCAGACGACAUACACGCGCACCGGCAUCUUUGGAUAUUGGGGUAACAAAGGUGGUGUCUCCAUUCGUCUUUCUCUUUAUGGUCACAUGCUCUGUUUCCUCAAUUGCCACCUAGUUGCACAUAUGAAACAUGCCAAUGAGCGAGUGGUCGAAUUUGAGCACAUUCUGAACUCACAGAAUUUCAACUGCGAAAAGGCUGGGAAAAUUCUUGAUCACAGGCUAGUCUUCUGGUUUGGAGAUCUCAACUUUCGAAUCCAGGAUCAUGGAUUACACUUUGUUCGAACAUGCAUCAGCAAUCAAAACUACAGCUUGCUGUGGAACAAAGACCAGCUGAUCAUGAUGAAGGAAAAAGAGAAAUUGCUGCAAGAGUUUGAGGAAGGGCCCCUUGACUUUCAGCCCACGUACAAGUUUGACGUCAACACCGACACGUAUGACAGCAGGCUCUACAGGACAUGGUUUGCCUUUACCAUCAGUGUUGGAUCACAGGGCUGUUGCAUAUGGGCCACUCAAGAUAAUGAACUUCUCCAGCAAAGUAUACUUUUACGUCGCCUGCAACCCAAAGCCCCGCACGCCGACGAGCAAGACAAACACGGUGACGGACCAGAUGCACACAAUGUCAAACCGCCAGAAGAAGCUGAAGAAUACCCUUUGGAGAUCAGACAGGACUUGUACACUAGCAACAUGGAUUACAGCACAAGUGACCACAAACCUGUCACCGGUAUUUUUACACUUAAGCUGAAGAAGAUGUACGCGACUCCACUGGUGCACCUGCAGGCUGAAGGUGAAUGGAGCGCGGACAUUGACGCCAUGCUGCUUUAUAGCCCGUUGCAGCCAUUCCCUUCCAGUACAUGGGACUGGAUUGGAUUGUAUAAGGUUGGGUUUACUAGCGUGUCAGACUACAUCACAUACACUUGGGUCAAAGAUGACGAAGUGUUCAUCGAUGAAGAUGCCAUCAAGGUGUAUGUGAGUAAAGAGGAGAUCCCAGUGCGAGGAGGAGAGUGUCUGCUGGGUUACUACUGUCAUACUCUGCAGUGCAUUAUUGGAAUCAGUGAACCAUUCAGGGUCCAUGAGUCCAAAGUGGCCAUCGAGGAGGGCUUACUGCACGAGAAGAUCAAUAUUCUGGAUCAAAUCGUCGCAGCUGAAAACAUUCAUGACUGACAAAUCAUAUUUUGGUCUGGUUUACCACAUCCCAACAAAGCUUUUAAUCUAUUUUGUCGACUAAGCUUUUUCAUUGCUUCUUCCUCAUACUGUUACAUUGCUCCACCGCUCCAGCUCUGAGAUUACUCCCAGCAACAGCAGCAGCGAUUUGUGUACAUCACUGUGUAUAAGAUGGCAUCAUCAAUUGUUGAUGAUGCCAUGCCUUGAUGUCACUGUGUUUGGGUCAUGAAGGGUGCAAAAGACUACAUCAGAUGUUAAAGUUUUAAACACUGCUUUUUCAGGGCAGUUCAGUGAGUCACUUGCGUUGAGGGCAAAUUUGAAGCUCUUGUGCAGGUUUUCCUUGCUUCCACAGUGGAAACAGGUUGGUACUUUCGCUAGUCUACGACCAUAUAGUAAUUUGUGUUUUUAGUGUAAAGCUGAUAGAAUGCCGGCGUGUCUUGUCUAAUGACUACACAUUCACCUGCAUAGUAAGUCUCUUUAUCGUGCUCCUGGCGUUCACGUAGUAUUAACUUAAUAGGAAUUCAUUGUCUACUGUAUUGUAUUGUCGAAUGCUCUGACAAAGCUGUAAUCUGUAAAAUGGAUCAGUGCAUUUGUUCAUUGUUUUUAUCUCGUUUGAAUUGUUUGAAAUGGUUAACGUUGAAACACCUUGCUGUGAAUGAGCUGUUGCUGGAAGAGUUUAUUUAAGUCACUCACUUAACUUUACAUGUUCCUGGUAGACUUGAAAGCAGAUUUAUUUUAUAGCGUUUGCCC